CAUCGUCAACAGGAAACGUGGGAAGCGUCCUUGGAGAUGCAGUUUGUUAGUGGUGUAACUUUCGCAUCUUUCUACCGUUUUGGGUACACAAUGUCUCUGUCAAACAACUGAUGACUUGUCAAUAUUGCCACAGAGGCUCAUGAGAAAACUGUUAAAAGUUUGGCUGUAACCAUGACAGCAGCUGCUCUCAUAGGAGACCAGCUGAUCCUUGAAGAGGACUACGAUGAGACUUACAUACCCUCUGAACAAGAGAUCCAAGAGUAUGCAAGAGAGAUUGGCAUCGACCCUGAUGGUGAACCAGAGCUUAUGUGGCUGGCCAGGGAAGGCAUUGUUGCUCCUUUGCCUCCUGAAUGGAAACCUUGUCAGGAUGUGACAGGGGACAUCUACUAUUUCAACUUCUCCACGGGCCAGUCCACCUGGGAUCAUCCCUGCGACGAGCACUACCGCCGCCUGGUGAGCCAGGAGCGUGAGCGCGCCCAGCUCACAGUCAGCGGGGGUGCAGGAGCAAAGAAGGACAAGAAGAAAAAGAAAGAGAAGAAGGAGAAGAAAGAUAAGAAGAAGAAAGAGCCACUCAAGACUCCGGGAACACAGCUUAGUUCAGCUUUGGGAGCCCUUCCGUCUCCACUUGGCAGCUUGGCUCCUCUCAGAGGUCUGGACCCCUCAAGCCUAGGCCCUCUCUCUGGAUCUGCCCCAGCACUCAGGGGGUCUAUCAGCAGCUCUGGCGGCCUGGAACCCCUUAAGACGUCCCUUCGUGGUCCUCGAAGCAGUGGGGCGUCUAGUGUUUUAGGCAGCAGACAAGAGGAGAGAGUGUCACUUACCCUGCCCGGAUUUGAUGAUGAUGACGACAAUGAUGAAGACAAGGUUUCUGAAAAUGAGCCAAGUCCUCGUGGUUCAGACAGACUGCCGAAGAACCUCCACUUAGACUUCGAUGCCCUCGGUGGAGGCCUGCAGUACGAGGACAGUGAAGCCAGUGGUGCUGCUCCAGCUGAGGAGAGGACAGAGCCAGAAUUACAGGACUUGGCUCUCUCUGGAGACCACAGCCCUGAACCACCAUCCCAACAGGACUCUCUGAAGGGCCGCGACAUCCACCUCUCUCCUCAGGCUGGCAGUGGAAAAAAUGCCAGUGAGAAAGGGGCCGAUGCUACACCCCCUGACAAUGAAGACUCUGCUGAGCUAUCGGAAGAGGAAGUAGCAGAGCAGGAGGUGGAGCAGGAUGAAGGAGGACAUUUGGAAGAUGUUCAGAAAGAGAAGGAAGAGGGUGAAGGAGGAGAGAAAGCCAAGGAGGGAGGGACAGAGGGGAAAGGAGAGGAAGGAAAUGAGGUGGAGGAUGGAGAGGUGGCAGAUGAGAAAGAUAUAAAAGGAGGAGGACAAGAGGAGGAAAAUCAGAGUAAAGCAACUGUAAAGAGUAAAAAUGAGGAGGAAGAAGAGAGUGAUGAGGUAGAUGAAGAAUUCUGUGAAGGGGAAGACAAAGUGUCAGAAAACAUGACACACAAUGAGAGGCAGGAGAGGGCUGAACAAGAGGAGAAUGAUAGCGAUGAGGAAUUGGAACGGGAUGUUAAAAGCCUGGGUGAUGAAACCAAAGACAGGAAAGGGACUGUGGAGAGCGAUGAGGAUGGGAACAAUGUAAUUGAGGAGAAAGAAGAAGUGAAGAAUGUAGAAGAAGAGGAGUUUGACGAAGUGUGUGAUGAAGUUGUGGAGGAAUGCUUUGAAAGUGAUCAAGAUGGAGGGAGUGAGGAGGAGGAGGAGGAGGAGGAGGAGGAGGAGGAGGAGAAAGCUGACAAAGAGAAAAAUGAGCUCAAGAGAGGCCUAAAGGAUGGCGUUCAGAAUAAGAAUGAGAAAGAGGAGCUAGAGAUAAAUAGCAAGGGAGGACAAGAUGGGGGUGAGGAGGGUGAAAGUGAUGAGGCUUUGGAGAGAUGCUCGCUGAGCCAGAGGAAAUUGUCAGAGAGUGAAGAGGAGGAGCAAGAAAGAUGUAUGGAAAAUGAAGGAGAAGAAACGGACUGGGAGGGAGUGGAAAUGGAGGAUGAGUCAGAUGGUCAAAAGCUCCAAAGAGCAUCAGAAAGCGAGGAGGAAGUUGUCGAAGUUUUUAAAGAGGAAAUGGCUCCUGUCCAGUCAGCCCAUCUAGGCCAAAAGGGAGAAAAUCUCGCUGGCAAGAUGAAGGAUGUGACAAUAAAAUCCCCUCUUCCUGCAGAGGAGUCUGAUGACUUUAAGAACAUUGAGGCUUCAUCUUCCACAGAUGUCAAGCUGUCGGAGAAGGUUCUAGACAUCAACGACCUGUCUGGCACAGUCAGUCCGCUGGCGAAAGAUGACAGAGAGGAAACACAUCAAGAAGAGGGGGAUGGGGAGGGAGGACAGCCAAAGAAGCCUGAGGCCUACAAGAGGCAGAUGCUGGCCAAAGUCAAAGACAGCUCUCCAGUCCAUAAAGUUGACCGACUUGUCCUCCACCAGUCCAGCCAUUCACCCUCUCUAUCCAGCUCGUCCCACUUAGAAGAAAGUGUCCGCCAUGGUCGGAAGGUCUCCGACCUCCACAUGCCUCUGCCACUACAGAGGCCUGAAACCUCCAGAGGUCGACCUGUUCAGACUUCGAACACUCAACUCGAAGAUGCUGAACUCCCCUUAAAAAACCAAGACAGCUCACUGGGAGAAGAGCCGAGCUGGAGAGUCUGGAAAGACGGGGAGAAGAAAGAGAGAGAGAAAGAGGAAAGUAAGAGGGCAGAUAGUGAAGAGAGGAGUCUGAGAAAGAGGGUGGAGGAGGAGAGGGAGAAGAAGAAGUCUGGAAAAGACAUGCAGGAGGAAAGGGAGAGUAUUUUGAAGGAAAAGGAAAAGAGGAUGCGCUUCCUCCAGGAAGAACUGAGGCGAGAAGAAGAGGAGGAGGAGAAGAAACUGAAGGAGGAGAGUGAGGAAAGACUGAGGGCUCUGCGGCAGCAACUUCUGUCUAGGAGGAGAGAGGAAGAGGCCAGACUGAAUGAGGAGACUGAUAGAACAAUAGAGGAACUCAGAGAGUCUGUCAAGAGGGAGAGGGAAAAGCAGCAACACAAACUCAGGGAGGACAGUGACGUCAUGCUAAAGGAGUUACAUGUCACUCUAGAGGAAGAACAAACAGCGGCACGUGACAGACUGGAGGCGCAGAAGAGGCAGGACAUUGAACGUUUGAAGGCAGAGUCAGAAGAGGAGCUCCAGGCUGAGAAGAAGAGACUUCAGAGAGAGCGGGAGGAGAAACUGAACUCACUGAAGCAGGAGGUCAGAAGCACAGAGAGGAGGAGGGAGCUGAUGAUGAGUCCCCGACCUGAACAACAACUGGCAGAAUACCAUCGAGAGCUGGCUGAUGUGCUCCAGGAAGUGCGAGAGGAAGUGCAGCGUGAUCAUGAGAGGAAGCUGGAGCAGCUGAGGGAGGACCACUGGAGAGAGAUGAACAGCAUCAGAGAGAAAUACCUAGAUGAGGAGACUGCUCAGAGGGAGCGCUUGUUGUCCUCUCUGCAGGAGGACAGAGAGCAUCUCCAGGCGUCACAUGCUGUCCAGCUGGAGAAACUCCGCUUGCAGCUCGACACACAGAUACAGAAGACUCAGCUGACACAGUCUCGAAAGGAAUCAGACUUGCAGGACUUGGCCGAUCAGUUGGAGCUGAGAGCCAAAGAGCUGAAGAGUCAGGAGGCUAUGCUGCAGACCAAGGCAGCAGAUCUGAAGAGAAAAAAGAAGAAGCUUGGAGAAGAGGAGGAGGACGUGGACAGACAGCUAGAGGCCUUACCACAGCUGAUGCGGGAGAGAGACCAGCUGAGGGAGGAACUGGAGAGGAUGAGAGAGGAGAAAACUCAAGCCCGAGAAUUCAUCCACAGAGCCAGGGUGGAGAGGAGUGAGGCCAAGGAGGAGGAAGAGAGGCUGAGAGAGGAGAGAGACAAGGCCAGGGAGGAGAGCAGGAGAGCCAAGGAUGAGAAGGAGAGACUGGAGAGCAAGGUGGCACUGCUGCAGGAGAGGUGUGACCGCCUCAGCCGCAGAGUCAGUGAGCUGGAACAAGGGGAAGGCGUGAGCACCUCCAGGAGACAAGAACAGGACAAAAAGGCAGAGAAGGUGUCUGCGCCCCCCAGUGACAGGAGAGACGAAUCACUACAUGUAGAGGACCUGGACGAUCCAGCUGUCUCCCCUCUACCUGACAGCCAAAGCAGCAUGGACGAGUUCCGGCGGUACGUCUCUUCACACGGUGCCUCCAUCCAGAAGACCAAACUCUUCCUGGAGAGGGAGAGCAGUCGGCUAAUCGAGAGACAGACGGCUCUUCAAGUGGCCCAGGCCAGCUCCUCUCAGGUCCCCAACCAUGCAGGAGGAGCCACGGAGGAGAUGAUAAGAAACCUCCAGCAGGAGGCCAGAAAUGUGUCUGAGCUGCAGCGGACGGUUCAAAGAGGAAACUCUCUGCUGCGAAGGAAAGAGGAGCAGCUUCAGCAGCUGGAGAGCUCUAUAGCUGAAGAGGCGUUGUUUGAGGAUUUGUCUCGACUAGCAGGAGAGAGGAAGGUAACCUUUGAUGUGACGGAGUCAGACCUCAGCAGCGCUGUGGAUCCACCAGACGUAACAGGAGGUCAUCCCACUGUCCCGGCCAAAGUCCAGGAACUGGCCGAGUCCUUGCAGCAGAUCUCGGGCCAGCUCAACACCGUCCUGGGUGCACUGGGUUCGCUGGCUCAGAGGCAGAGCGCUACACCUUUCGCAGCGUUCUCCCUGCCUCUUUCUCAGCCUCACGCCACCCCAGCUCCCUCCUCCUCCACCGCUGCCCCUGUCAUUCCCCAGAUGCACAACCUGGAGCCCACGGUGAGACUCUCGGAGCCUUCCUGGAACUGGGCGCCUCCAGGCUCCUCUGCAGCCGCCCCUCUCUUCAGCACCCCCAUCACCAGUGGGCUGAGGCCUCCUGACGACCUCAUUAACAGCCGAUGGAGCCAGAUAUUUCCUGGUGCACCCAUUGACCCACUGACUCCUAGCACCCCGAGGACCACCUCAGCGUACUCGUCGUACACUCCUGUUAGUGAGCAAAGCCGUGGUGUGCGGUCCGCGCAGAAAUCAGCGGAUGUGGACGGCCAGAGGCUGCAGGGGCUGAUAGACGGCAACAAGAAGUGGCUGGAGAUGCGAAAGAGAGACACCAGCAUACCUCUGUUCACUCGCUAUCGGGCUCCCUCCUCCAAGAACGGCCUGCUGCAGCUGGGCCUGGACGAUAACAACCAGAUCAGAGUCUAUCACUACUGAGGACAUGACACGCCAUGUCUGUCGCUGAGGACUUUGGAGUGGUAAUGACCGCGGCAGGUCAGCGUUGGGGAUGUUUACACUCUCUUCAGGACGUUCCGAGCAAAGGUUUCCAGGGAUGGCCACGAGGAAGAGAUAUGGUUGUUUAAAGAACUUCGUGAUCAUCAAGAACCGUUAUCAUUCAGCACAGAAAAUGACUCCCAAGCUACAGAUGACUUUCAAACAGAUUACAGCUCCACGCCAGACUCAGGCCAAAUUGUUUACUUUGUCAGAUGUGAGUCUGUAUGUUUCAAAUAUGUAUUUGACAAUCACAGAGAAGUAUCUUCAUUUAAAGUAGUUCUCUUUUGCUAAAACCUUCCAAUAAAAAACAUCACCAGGCUGGUUCAAAGUGACUGAAACUCCAUGUUGUGACAGGUCACAUUUGUAUUUAUGUUGCUGGUUUUCCUAUGUGCUUUUGUGAACUUUUAUUUAACAGUUUCUUACAUUUUUGCCAUUUUAACAGAAACAAAUCCAUGUCAGAGUCAGUGGUUUUAUAAAGAUGAAGCCAAUCCACUGUUUAAAUAUUAUUUUUCUGUUCUACACUCCUUUACUCAGUGUCUGCAUAGCAUUACUGCUGAGCCGUUGACUAGUGUAAACUUUAACACAUAGAUGGAGAAACCUUGUCUUCUCGUGCACAUAUUUGUGUAAAUAAUACUGUAUUUUUCUAUGGAAUAUUUUAAUAAAUCUCAUAUUUUGUA